CAGCUGGAGGCAGCUGGAGGGUCCUCCCGGCCUCAGGGUUUAAAGAGCGCCUCCCGGGGAACCUUUCAGCUGGAGCGACCGAUCGGUGCCAGGCCAGGUGUACGCGUCCGUCGGUCUUUCCGUGCCCGUGCCGGUGCCCGUGCCGGAGACCAGCCCCGGAGGCCGCCUGGGCCCGUCCCUGCGCCCGGCACCAUGAAGCAGGAGUCCGCAGCCCAGAGCACCCCGCCUCCUUCACUGUCUCCUGCACCAUCAGCGCCGCCCUCCUGGGAGGAUGGUGACCCCCAGGCUCUGUGGAUUUUCGGAUAUGGCUCCCUAGUGUGGAAACCGGACUUUGCCUACAGCGACAGCCGCGUGGGCUUCGUACGUGGCUAUAGCCGCCGGUUUUGGCAGGGAGACACCUUCCAUAGGGGCAGUGACAAGAUGCCUGGCCGAGUGGUGACCCUCCUUGAAGAUCAUGAGGGCUGCACUUGGGGUGUGGCAUACCAGGUUCGAGGGGAGCAGGUGAGCGAGGCGCUGAAGUACCUGAACGUGAGGGAAGCAGUACUUGGCGGCUACGACACUAAGGAAGUCACCUUUUAUCCUCAAGAUGCCCCUGACCAACCCCUCACAGCACUGGCCUAUGUGGCCACCCCACAGAACCCUGGCUACCUGGGCCCUGCUCCAGAAGAGGCCAUUGCCACACAGAUCCUCGCCUGCCGAGGCUUCUCUGGUCACAACCUUGAGUAUUUGCUGCGCUUGGCGGACUUCAUGCAGCUCUGUGGGCCUCAGGCACAGGACGAGCACCUGGAAGCUAUUGUGGACGCCGUAGGAGCCAUGUUGCCUUGCUCUUACCUCACCAAGCAGCCCCUGGCCCUCAUCUGAGGAGCCACGCCCCUGCAGGGAGUGUCCACGUGGAUACUGUUGAACAUCAACAUGUAGUACUUGAGAUAGACUUGAUGGAGCUAGAGAAACUCGAAAAGGCAUGGUGGGUGGCUGGGAACUUGGUGUCUCUUGCCUCUGCCUGUCUGCUAGCCUCCAACCCUUUCGUGACCGAUCCUGACUUACUACUUGAAACCUUAUUUAUUGCACCAUGUUGGUGUGGUGGGCAGGGCAGGUGGGGGACCUGCCCUGGAUGUGGGCCCUGCUGUGCAGUGGCUCUGCCCUAGUCUUCUGGUACCUAACCAGAAUCCCCCACCCACACACACACACCGCCCCCCCCCAUUGCUGCUGCUAAUUCUACACUACCCAGGCCUCCACAUCCCCAGGGAGCCUGCAAGAGCCUUGAUCCUCUGUCCACCCAGACUAACUAUCAGCUGCCCAUGUUGCUGCCGGCCUGCUGGAUAAGGGGCAGCAGAGAAGGAGAGCGAAGCCCUUCAAGGACCAAGGUCCAGCAUCCCUCUUCAUUGCCCGGGGCCCCGGGAUGGAGAUGGAUCUCAU